AUGGAUGAUAAAUACAUGUUAAUAAAGCUAAGCUCUAAUUACAGGUACGUGUGUUUACCAUCGCAGAUCCAGUUGAAAUCUCCGUUGGAAUUCACAUUCGAAACAUGUCAUGAGAACUUGGCUGGAGUAUGUUCAUAUCCUACCGCUACAGUUUCAUUGAAUGAGAACAACUGGGAAUUGAACGAGGAUCAGUGGUACGAUAUUCGCAUUGAAGUGAUCUUAUCCGACGUUAUAAGCAGUCAGAAUCUGGGUCAGUUUCAAGUUUUAUUCGAGGCGUACGAUGCUAACCGUCAAAGAAUCGUUUCCUUGAGACGAACCGCAAGAGUGAUAGAUGCUCGAACUUAUUUGGAUUCGGUGAAAUAUCUGAUGUUCUUGCCGUUUUAUUUUAUGGGAAUAUGGCAUAACAUUGCGCGUCCAAUGGUUUCAGUGGAACUCAAUGAUAAAUUCCUGCAGUUUAGCAAUAGAGCAACGGAUUAUGUUGCUGUACAAUUGCAGAAUAGACUUGCUGAGAUUGACGCAGGCACUGUUGUGAUUAGUGCUCAUCUUGGCUUAUUUCGUCGAUUCUUAUUUGAAUGGCCAGUUUUGUCAACACUUUUGAUUGGUUUAUUGGCAUAUUCGUGGUGUUUUGUGUCGAUUGUAUUCUAUUGGUUAUGUCGAAGUUUGUUCGUUUAUCUGAAAUACAAUGGGAGUAGUUCGAAUAACGAACGUGAUGAUAACUAUAACAGCAAUAGAAACCAAGUGAACGUCGAACGUCGAGGCAAUAAUAUUUCAUUAUCAGCAUCUGAAUCUUCGCCAACAUGUUUAUCGAUGUUAUCACAUUUGGACACUGCAUCAGAUGAAUUUCAUGCGAUGAAAACUUCGGAUCCGAUUCAUUCAAAGGAUACAGAUUCAAGUAACAAAAAUGAACGUAAAAUCUCGCACUCAAUGCCGAAAUCGAAACGUUUCUCAACGGAUAAAAAGAAUCGAGUUGGGAGUAAAUAUUCAAUGGAACCAAAGCAGUUAGCGAAUUUAUUGGAGUCUUUUAUCGAGAAGUCGCAUUCAACUGAUGUGAAUGAGGAUGUCAUCAGGACUGUUCAGUCUCUCGUCAAUGGUAGAAUCGGCACAACGAGCGCGGCGAUUCACCUCCGAAAGUUGGUGAAUAUCAAUGAGUGCCUUAAUCUUUCGGCUGUUCUACAGAAGUCGUUACCAGCGUUAAUAGAAGCAAUGAAAGGUUAUGAGGUGAGCAUCAAAGGAAUAAAACUGGAAGAGGAAUCGAAACCGGAUGAAUCUGAUUCAGUGAAACAAUUACUGCCUUCAACAACAACAUCAGUGACAUCGAAAUUGUUUAAGAAUNCCACCAAGGAUUCUCCUAAAUUUGAGGUGAAAGGAGAAGUGAAAGAUGUGGUGAAUAAUGAGAAGGGGAAAUUGCCGGAUACGAGUGAUACGAUAGCCGACAAUAAUAAUAUUGAUGAUAUUAAUGAAGAGCCGGAAUGUGUGCAAUUCAGUGACAUUCCUGGCUGGACUGUUGAACCAGUUGAGCCACCGACAAGUCUACGUAAACGAAUCGUACAUAAUCCAAGCAAAACAGAUUUAAUGUGA